GUCUGUCCCCCUUGUGCUUUCUAGUUGAGAGAAGCCAAAGCCACCCGCCAUCUUCUUCAAAAGCGCACCCUAUUCUUCCCUAUUUGCAUCGCAUUUGUUCUUGAAUCUCUUGGUAUUCUCAGAGCCCCUCAGAGAGAGAGAAUGUUCCAACACAAGAAGCCCUCAACUAUGAAUUCCCAUGACAGACCCAUGUGUGUUCAGGGUGACUCUGGUCUUGUCCUCACUACAGAUCCUAAGCCUCGACUCAGGUGGACUGUGGAACUCCAUGAACGAUUUGUUGAUGCUGUUACUCAGCUUGGAGGGCCAGAUAAGGCCACUCCAAAAACCAUCAUGAGAGUUAUGGGUGUGAAGGGUCUCACCCUUUACCACCUCAAGAGCCACCUCCAGAAAUUCAGGCUUGGGAAGCAACCCCACAAGGAAUUCAAUGAUCACACAAUUAAGGAUGGUAUGAGAGCUUCAGCUCUUGAACUUCAAAGAAAUACUGCGUCUUCAUCCAGCAUCAUGGCCCGUAGUAUGAACGAGAUGCAAAUGGAGGUGCAAAGAAGACUUCAUGAGCAAUUAGAGGUGCAAAGACACCUUCAGCUGAGGAUUGAAGCUCAAGGAAAAUAUAUGCAAAGUAUAUUGGAGAAAGCUUGUCAAACCCUUGCUGGAGAAAAUAGCAUGCCAUCUGCAAGCUAUAAGAGUAUUGGAACACAAGGCCUUGGUGACAUGGGAUCAUCAGCAAUGAAGGAUUUUGGUUCACCUCUUAACUUUCCAUCUUUUCAAGACCUUAACAUAUAUGGAGGUGACCAACUUGAUCUUCAACACAUGGAUAGGCCACCGCUUGAUGGAUUAAUGAUGGGAAAUAAUGAUAGUAUUUGUCUUGGCAAGAAGAGGGCUAGCCCUUAUGGUGGUAGUGGCAAGAGUCCCUUAAUUUGGUCUGAUGAUCUUAGGCUACAAGAUUUGGGAUCAGCCCCAUCUUGCCUUGGGCCACAAGAUGAUCCUUUCAAAGGUGAUCAAAUUCAGAUUUCACCACCAUCAAUGGAUAGAAGCUCAGACAUGGAUAACAUUUCAGACAUUUAUGAAACAAAGCCAGUACUCCAGAGUGAUGAAAAGAAAUUUGAAUCUGUAAAGCUUGAAAGGCCAUCACCGCGAAGAGGGCCACUUCCAACAGACAGGAUGAACCCUAUGAUCAACACUGGCUCCAUGACACAAGGAAGAAAUUCACCAUUUGGGUAAAAUGUAAAUCAUUUCUUAUUAGAUGUAAGUGACUUACUAUUAAGGGUUUGAGAUCUAGGGUUUUGGGUCUUUAAAAUUUAGCAGUUGAGUUAGGGUUUCCACUUAAAGACUAUGGUAUAAUGCCUUGCAUGGCAAAUGAUCUUAUAAGUUGUUAUUGUUCUAAAUUCUAACUAGUACAUUGGUACUUUAUUGUGAACAAGGUGAGUAAGUUCUUGAUGCUUCUUACUCCAAUAUACCUCAUAGCUUAUUGAUUUA